AUGAGGUACCCCAACCCUCUCAUCUAAUGCACCUACUGGGAUCCCUGGAACUUGGGACCAUGGAAACUAAUCGAGACCCCUCAGCCACCAAGAAAGACCUCCCCAGUGAAGCUAACUCCUCCUCCUCCUGCUUCAAAAAAACAAAAGUAUGCCCAACCGAUAACAAAAUCUGUUUUCGUCCCAAAGUAAGAGCUCUCAGUGGGAGUGCCCCCAGAAAGCCAUUCCCUGCCCUAAAAGGUAAUAAAUGUGUCACCUGGCUACCGCUCCGUUCGGAAUAGGGAGCAGAUUUGCGUCACCUUGGGAGAUGAGAUGUCUGCUAGGAAAAAGCAUUCAGAAUCAGAGAACAUGGACAAAGUCAGGACUUCCAGGACUGCUAUCAUUACUGACCUCGAAGGACAGAUCUCAGAGCUGACAGCGAUAAUAGAGCAAAUGAACAGAGCCCAUCAUUCUGCCCCAAAACUGCUCACCAAUGAAAUGUAUCUCCGCUGUGCUGAGAUGCAGAAGAACUUUGAAAGCAAGAGAAGGAAGCUUGAGGAGACUCACGCAGCACAGCUCAGUGAGCUGGAGAAAAACUACAAAGCAGCCUUGAAGGCAGAGAAGUUGGCUGCCCAGGAUAAACUAGAGGGUAUGGAAAAGGAAUAUAAGUAUUUGAAGAAUAUGUUUUAUAUAUAUCAGGACAGCAUUUAUGAUGAAAUGGAGGACAAGUGGUCAAAGAAGACAGAAUGGGAGGAUGAGAAGUUGGAGUGGGAAAAGACCCUGUUACAGCAAAGUGAGUACAGAAAUUUUAGACUUUUUGAUGACAGAUGCACCAAGAAACUAGCAUUAAGUUUGGUCUCGACUUGA